AUGGCAAACAAGGUUAAAAUUUCACUCCGCAGUAUUCAGAUUCUCUGUAACUUUCUUUGUACGGCCCUAAUAAGCGAUGUAAUCUCAGAUGCAUUUGCUGGAAACCCUUCAAGUGUAAACUACGCGAUCUUUGUCUGUGUUAUCGUGUGGAUUGUCUGCUUGUAUGGUAUGGCCGGUACUUUGAAAGAGAGUAUUCUACUUCCCAAAGCUAUCCUAAUUCUAGAUUCUUUGGCGACUAUUUUUGUCUUCAUUGUCGGGGUUGUACUGGCUUCUAAGCUCCGUGUACACAGUUGUAGGAAUGAGGCUUAUCUUUUGAGUAACAGACUCGUCAAUGGAUCUCACAAUCCAAGCAAAAGAUGUCGCGAGCUGCAGGCUGCUACUGCCUUCUUUUGGUUCCUUUUCGUAUCACUGGUGGGUUCUUUGAUAAUAGAUGUAGUCGCUGGUGGAGAUAUUGUGUCUCUUAGACCCGGUAGAAUACGAAGAAGCGUGCUCUCUAUGUCUCAGGUUUGA